AUGACGCUUGUGCUUUUGCCCUUUUCCUUGCAGACUCCGGGCAUGCCUGUCCCGCAGUAUCCGUACGGAGAAGCCGGAGCCAUCCCGCAGGGCUCCGUGCCGCAGCCCCGGCCCCAGGAGGAGCCGUGGGCUCCCUGCGCGCUGUACGGGAUGCGGUACUCGGCACACGGGAAUCCCUUCGUGUCCGAAUCCCGUCCGUCCUGGAGCAGCAGCGGGAUCCCUCCUUGUCCUCUCUCACAUGACCCGAAGGAUUCUGCUUAUGAGCAACCGGAGCAGAGCGGCGCAAACCCGCAGAGCCACUAUCCCGAUGUCAACCACCAGCACCUGGGGACGAUGAGCGAGCAGAAGCCACCUCUGCUCAAUGCCAAAGCGUCCCCAUCCGUCCCCAAAGUGCACUACAGCGCCCAGCCCCACAUGUAUGGGGCUCGGAAGCCUUUGGAUGGCCACCAGGAGGCAGCUUUUAGAGCUGGGGACCCGUCCUCAACAAAUUCCGCAGCUAUCCCGCCCGAGAUCCAGAGAAUCCUGCGCGUUAUGGUCAGAGCGCUCGAGCAAGAGGUGGAUGAAUUGGUAGGAAAAAAGACAGAGAAAUCCUACCGGCUUCUGGAGGAGAUGUUGACCAAGUUGCUGCUGGAACUGGAUUCCAUAGAGACUGGUGGUCAGGACAGUGUUCGGCAGGCGAGGAAGGAAGCUGUCCACAGAAUUCAGGCCAUUCUGGAAAAACUGGAAAGAAAAGGCUUGUGAAAACGUAUC